GUGUCUCGUAUAACGGGACGGAAUAGUCAAGGGGAUGGGGAAAAUGGGGUUACACUCUCUUUCUCUCUCCUGGGGAGAGCAAACCCUGAUGCUGAACCAUACUCUGGGGGCUGUACUGUGCGGCAGGAUACAAUGCCCCAUGACUUGCGCCUUCUCCCCUCUCAGAUUAACAGCAAAGGCUCCGUUGUUCUGAGCACCCGGUGUCGUGGCCUCUGGAGAGAAUGUGUCUGGGACAAGUUUGUGAAGAUCUGGACCUGUGAUGUUUUCAGCUCCUACCUGAAUCCACAUCCAGCUGCCAUCAUUCUCACACGGACGCUGCUGAUCACUUCCAGCAUUGCUAGUGCUGGUGCAUUUCUCUGCCUGCUGUUGGGAUUUAAAUAUUUCAGCUGCUGUCAGGAACCCCUGGCUAAACAACACUGGCUCUGCCUGGCUGCCGGACUCUUCUUCCUCGUAGGGGCCUGGCACACAUCAGGACCUACCCAAACUCACAGUGAACCACGGCAGCAGACGGGAGGUUUUGCUUUCUGGGGUCUACCCCAAGACUGCGGGAAUCACAGAGUUCUCUGCUUUGUUUCAGGCAUUUCAACCUCUGUUGGUGUCACAAGAUACUGUGUGUAUGUCUACUCCCUGCACCAGUACGAGGUGUCUCUAAAAAUCCCAGGAUUCCCAAGCUUUGAAUACGGCUACUCCCUAUGGAUGGCUGUGGGGGGCAGCCUAGGGGCUAUUGUUGCAGCUGGUGUAUCCUGCUAUGAAGUCCUGUUUAAAAAAGAUCCCAGGGCAAAUGCAGUGAAGGCAGUAGCUGGGAGUGGGUGCACUGCUGGCAUGGACAUUGUGCGUACGUAUGUGUGAGCGGGACGAGAUCUCCCGAGCUGGAGGACAGCAGCAGUAUCACCGAAAG